UACAGAACCUUCAAGAUCCAUCACAACACAGUCAAGAAUCCACCCUAUAAAUACCUCCUUCCUUUAUCCAUUCAAAUCGCAGAGCUAACCCAUUUCAAGCUAAGAAAUACCAUAAGUAUUCACCGAGUAAUCUUGUUCUUCUUCCAAUUCACAUCUCAAAACCAAGAAAAGAAAAAUGUCUCUUAUUCCAAGCAGCUUCUUCGGUGGCCGGAGAACCAACAUCUUCGAUCCCUUCUCUCUCGACGUCUGGGAUCCUUUCCACGACUUCCCAUUCCCAAGCACAGCUGUAUCAGCUCCUCGCUCUGAGUUGGCAAGCGAAACUUCGGCUUUUGCCAACACACGCAUGGACUGGAAGGAGACCCCUGAGGCUCACGUUUUCAAGGCUGAUCUUCCAGGAUUAAAGAAAGAGGAAGUGAAGGUGGAGAUAGAAGAAGGCAGGGUUUUGCAGAUAAGUGGAGAGAGAAGCAAAGAGAAGGAAGAGAAGAACGACAAGUGGCAUAGAGUUGAGAGAUCAAGUGGGAGAUUUUUGAGGAGGUUCAGGCUGCCAGAGAAUGCGAAAGUUGAUCAGGUUAAGGCAAGCAUGGAGAAUGGAGUCUUGACAGUGACUGUGCCCAAAGAGGAGGUCAAGCAACCAGAUGUCAAGGCCAUUGAGAUCUCCGGUUGAGUGAAAUGCUACGCAAACUCGAUCUUUGGUGUGUUAUACAGUUUGCCGAAUAAAUAAGUAGAUGUGUGUAAUCUGCAAUGUAAUGGGGUUUUAUGGGCUUGUUUGAAUGGAGUUCAGCUUUUAAUGUACUACUACACAAGUUUUCUUUGUUAAUAAAGAUUUAAGCUUCUGGUUUUCUA